AUGCAACCUUCGGGUGGCAUGGCAGUUAGGCACCAAAAGGGUGCUACAGCUGGACGAUUUUUUUAUAUUCCCUUACGAGGAAUGUCCGAAAAAUUUCAACGUCUGAAACAUGCAACAUCGGCCCCAGAAAUUAUCACUGUGGGGUUCCUCAACCGGUCAACCCUAGUCUCAGCCUGCAACCCCCUGGUAACAAAAAUAAAUAACAAUAAUUGUUCAGCUGUAACACCCUUUCGACGUCUAACUGCCAUGUCACCCGAAAGAAGCACGAGGGCUCAGGUACUGUCAGGUUGCCCAAACCUAGACAGAAGCAGUUUAGAUAGCGGGAUUUGA